CCGAAAGAGACAUGACAUGUAUUCGCUUGGCCUUGAUGAGGCGCACAGAGAGGUCCAUGCACACACGCACACUGAUAUAAAGGUGGUCUGGUCUGGCUGGCACCACGAGUGGCACUGCUGUAUGUCUGCACACGUGUGUCCCACUGAAUGUAUGGAUGUGAUGUGGUCAAUGUGGUCACUUAAGGCCACGAAGCCAAACACCAACACACAAAGAUCCUACACGCGCCCCGCCCUGCCUAAGGGUAAGAGGACUGCCAAUCCCGUGAGCAACCAAAAGAAGUGACCGAGCAAAUAACAACACUGUCGCCCGCCCACCAACCGACCGACUAAUGCCCUCUCGGUUCUCGCGAGUCUCGCCUCCUACUGUCGGGAAUGUCUAUGGCCACCUCGCCUUCCCUUCCUCCAUCUUCCCCCGCACCCACACCAACACCCUCACCCACACCCACACCCAUCCCGGAGCCGCCCCUGUCUCCCGCCUCCUCCCCCCUGUCAUCGCUCGAAUCGCCCCCGUCUGUCUGGACGGGGAUCGCAGCGAUCGUCACGGUCCGCUUUCUCCCUAACACCGGCUUCUCCCGUUGUCUCUUCUCUCUUUCUCGCCUGGACGAGCCCCCGCCUUCACUCCUCUCGCCCCUCUCCAGGUCUUGGAAGGGAUCACGGUCUCGAUCUCGAUCACGGGUUCGGCUCCCGGACAGCCUCUUGAGCAGGCUAUGGGAUCGCUCGCUGUCGGCUUUUCUGUCUCUUGUGCGUGAGGGGGCUCGGUGUGUGUCGGGGAGGGAGGGGGAGGGUGGGGCUGGGGCUGCAUCGGACCGGUUGGCCCGGGGAGGGAACAAACGUCUCUUCUGCUGUGCGGGCUUCUGGGGGGCGGCGGGAGAUGACUGAGUAGUGGUCGAGAUAUCCUGCAUGCACAGUAGAGGAGGACGAUGUAUGUGUAGAGCGUGUGGAUGGUUUUCCUCCCUCCACUGGUGUGUUUGUGUGUGCCGUGUUUAGCUACCCUGUAGUGUGCGAUGAAUGCUUCCUCCUCAGGCGAGAUGCUGACAGCAAAGAGAAAGCCCCGCCACCAACCCAGUAUGUCGAUCAGCUCCCACAACACACUGCACGGCCAGAUUCGCCAGAGACACACAGAAGUGACCAUUCAUGUGAUUGAGUUGAGAACGGGAGGGUCAAUCGCCACGGACCGGCUUGAAAAUUUGCUGACGUCCUUCUCUCUCUGCUCGAUGUCGGGCAUCCAUGCGAAUGUGCGAAACAAAUACUCAGAUGCACCCUCCCGCCACGUGGCAUCCCUAACGACCACAACCACCACAUGACAGACGGCCGGACAGGGAGACCAGACUGUAUUUGUUGGAUGGAUGGAUGGCAUGGCAUCUCUCUCCGUGUGUCUAGGAAGGCCACUCACCUUAGGUAAGCGAUUUGGUUGACGAUUGCGAGAUAGCUCAGAAAACGCGUGGCGCUCCACAUCGCUGGGGGGCAGACAGGAUCGCAGCAAGCGUGGCGCGACUUGGUUAGCGUGGGAGUGCGUGCGUCCUUUCCUCACCCACCGGGUGAGCUCGUAAGCGCGAAUUGGAUAGAGAACAGCUUGAGCAUUGGGAUAACAAAGCUCCAGGGGACCACCAGGCAGAACAACAAACGCAGAAAGAAUAUCUCGCAAACCCUGAACACACACACACACACGCAGCCACAGAGGGAGAGACACCUGCCCACAAUCCGGGCAAUGUGUCUCCUUCCUGUCUCCCUCCGCCCACACACAUGGUGCUUUUGGUGUCCUGAUCGCCUCCCUUCUCCCUCCUCCCCCCGGCACGCGACAGCCUCAUCGCUACAUUGGGGUUCCUCCUGUGUGCGGAUGCGAUGAGCGUGCCAUGCUGAGAAAAUGACGCCGACAGCUGCUGCUGCUGCUGCUGCGCCGCUGUGCGGUCGUUGAGGGACCGCCAAUACUUCUUGAUGAAGCGAAUCGACGGAACAAAGCUGACAUGCCGGACAGAGGGAGGGAGGGAGAAAGGCCUGUGUGCUUGCAUGUGUUUGCAUCGGCAGUGGGGGUGUGUGACUUACACGAGCGUGGAGAAUCCAGAGAGCUGGAUGAGGCUCUUCUUGAGAGACAGGACGUCUCCCGUUCGGACAUGGAGGAAAAGCGACAAAAGCAGCGUGCCCAUCACGGCCGCUUCCAGCCUGACAACCAAUGACGGCACAAUCCAAUCCAUGCCGUUCGUCAGAAACACCGGGCUCAGCUGCAGAUGGCUGAUUGUCUUGCUGUCUGACUCACUGACCAGACUUGGAUCAUGACGCUCUCAUAGUACCCCUGGAACAGCUGCGCGCUCUUCUCCCUCAGCUUGCCCGUGUCGCUGAGCGCACUGAACGUGUUGAAGAUGAUGAACGUUCCGUUGACAACUAUCAUCAAAGCCACAGCCACCCCCUCCACAUAAUGCGCACCGCCGUGCUGCUCCACCAGCGCCCGAAUGUUGGCCUUUUGCAGGCCGCGAGGGUUGAAUCGCAGCCAGAACUUCCUGUGCAGCGUCGACGGUCGGCCGCCGGCACUCUGAGGUGUCUGGGCAGGCCGCUUUCUGCGUGAGCUUCUCGCGUCUCUGCCGAGAGUGGACGAUAAAGGGCCGCCCGGCAGCCCGUCGCCGACUGAGAUGCUCUGGGUGAGUGCGCGGGGGUCGGCAAUCUGCCGCCUCGACGGCGGGGCGGAGGUGGACGACUGGGGCGGGAAGCCGCCAGGGUGGACAGUGACUGUCGCCGCCUCGUCAUGGGAUGAAUGGGCGGAAGUGGGCGGGUCCACAUUCACGGUUAUCGACUGGGGUUCCAAUGCUGCUGCUGCUGGUCUGUUGGAUGCCAUCGAAACAGGAGGGCUGCAGCAGCAGCGGUUUCAC